AUAUCUGAAGAGUAAAGAAUGUAUUGGAAAAUUAAGCUUAUCAAACAAAAUCCAACAAAACGAGUGAUGGAUGGAAGGAGAAAGAUGGCGGCACAGUUGGACAGUGAGUCCACUACUAGUAGACAUGGAACACGAUCAGUGGGUCGAUUUCGUCUAACGUUCUCAGCGCUCCUCAGGAUGUCCGUUCUUAUCGUCGAUACCGUAACUAAAGCGGCAGAACGGGGCGCCAUAUUGGGAGACCGAGAGAACGCCUUCUACCCCUUUCCUCUGAUAGUAGAACAAAGGAAAUACGAGAACGCAGCGACGAUAGUGAACAGUGAAGGUCAGCUCAAAGACAGGGAAAAUUGUCAAAAUAUCAUGAAUAGUCAUCCAAAGGUCACAAAUGGUCAUUUAGGUCAUGUCAUUGGCAGACGAGGUCAUUUGAGGGACAUAGAAAGUCAUCAAGGCUGUGUUAUUGACAGUCAAGGUCGUUUAAAAGUUACAUAUAAUCAUCUUGUUUAUAUUCCUGACGAACAAGAUCGUUUGAAAGCUAUGGAAGAUCCCUGA